AUCCGCUAUGCCGGUGCUGCCGACAGCUCAGUUCAGUUUAUCUUCUAUCAGCCUAUUAUUCAUCGAUGGAGGGAAACCGAUUUUUUUCCCUGUUCAGCAUCCUGUGGAGGAGGUUAUCAACUGACAUCUGCUGAGUGUUUUGAUCUGAGAAGCAACCGAGUAGUAGCAGAUCAAUACUGUCACUAUUAUCCUGAAAAUAUCAAGCCAAAGCCAAAACUUCAAGAGUGUAAUCUGGAUCCUUGUCCUGCGAGUGAUGGAUACAAGCAGAUCAUGCCCUAUGACCUCUACCACCCCCUUCCUCGAUGGGAAAGUACACCCUGGACUGCCUGUUCCUCAUCCUGUGGAGGGGGCAUUCAAAGCCGCAGCGUCUCGUGUGUGGAAGAAGAUAUUCAGGGGCAUAUCAGCCCUGUGGAAGAAUGGAAAUGCAUGUAUACUCCAAAGAUGCCUGUAGUCCAGCCUUGCAAUAUAUUUGACUGCCCAAAGUGGCUUGCUCAGGAAUGGUCUCCGUGCACUGUGACCUGUGGAGAGGGACUCAGAUACCGUGUGGUCCUUUGCAUUGAUCACAGGGGGAUGCACACAGGAGGCUGUAGUCCUAAAACAAAGCCACAUAUAAAAGAGGAAUGCAUUGUACCUACUCCUUGCUACAAACCCAAAGAGAAACUUCCCAUGGAAGCAAAGUUGCCGUGGUAUAAGCAGGCUCAAGAGCUGGAGGAUGGAGCAGUGGUGUCUGAAGAACCAUCGUAA